AUAACACACUACUGUUUAAAACAGUAAUACAAUAAUACAGUAUAUGUUUUGAUUGCAUCCAAUCUAAGCUAUAAUUGUGGUCAACAUUGAAGACAUAUAAUGACUGACUAUCAGGACGUCUUUGGCAGUGAUGUCGACUCCAACUCAUCCGACGAUGACUCCAGUAAUGACAGCCAAAGAAGUAACAAUCAGGUGAAUCAAGUGACUAAUGAGACAAAUGUAGACAAUGAUGAUAAAGAAGAAGAUUCACACGACUCGUCAAAUAGCGAUUCAAAUGAUGAACAAAACGAUGAUAAAGAAGAUGACAAAAAUGAUAAUGAAGACCAUGAAGACCAAGAAGACCAAAAUCACGAUUCAAAUCAUGACUCAAAUGCUGACUCGGAUCAAGAAUCCAACGACGAGUCCGCUGACAAAAAUAAAGAGAAAAUAAACGACAAAUCAGUUGAAGACUCUGAUCAGGAGUCCAAUGAAGAAUUAGAUCACAUCCCUAAAACUCCCGGUCAGGCUUAUCAUGAAGAGGAUAAAGACGAGGAUAUAGACGAGGAUAUAGACGAAGAUAGAGACGAGAAUAGAGAGGAUGAUAAAGACAAUGAUAGAGACGACGAUAGAGAUGACGAUAGAGAUGACGAUAGAGACGACGAUAGAGACGACGAUAGAGAAGAUGAUAGAGAUGAUGAUAGAGACAAUGAUAGAGAUGAUGAUAGAGAAGACAAAAAUGAAGGAGAAAGGUAUGAUAAAGAGGGAGAUGAAGAUCAACCACAAGAAGAAGAACCAAUUCCUGAGACAAGAAUUGAAGUGGAAAUUCCGCGAAUUGUAGCCGAUUUGGGCAAAGAAGUGCAUUUUGUGAAACUACCAAACUUUCUAAGCAUUGACACACAUCCAUAUGAUCCUCAAUGGUAUGAGGACGAGAUUGAUGAAGACGAAAAUCUUGAUGACGAAGGUAGAGCACGACUCAAACUUAAAGUCGAAAAUACGAUUCGUUGGCGAAAUGUUGUCGACAAAGAAACGAGUGAAUUGAAGAAAGAAAGUAAUGCACGAGUGGUUCGCUGGUCUGAUGGCAGCUAUUCUUUACAUUUGGGUGACGAGAUCUUUGACAUUCAUAAAUUACACCUUUUGGCCGGUGAUAAUAACCAUCUAUUCAUACGUCAAGGAACUGGACUUCAAGGACAGACAGUGUUCAGAACAAAGUUAACGUUCAGACCGUAUUCGACGGAAAGCUUUACUCACAGAAAACUUACGCUUUCUUUAGCUGACAGAAGUCAGAAAACACAGAAGAUUAGAGUUUUGCCAAAUGUUGGUAAAGAUCCUGAAGCCCAUCGAACAGAAAUGAUUAAGAAAGAAGAGGAUCGACUUAAGGCUUCCAUUAGACGUGAAAAUAAACAAAGACGUGCCCGAGAAAGGACACUAACUAGAGGCCCAAACGCUUCUUAUUUGGAACCGGAUGGCGAUGAAGACGAAGAAGAAGGAGGCAUUUCUAUCUCUCGAAUUAAAAGUCAGUUCAAAAGGGGAUCAUUUUCUAGAUAUGAUGACACAGAACCCAUGUCUGAAGAGGAAUCCAAACCAAACAAUGAUAGCGAUGAUGACGAUAGCGAUAAUCCGUUUGAUAGAAAGAAAACCGAAAAGAGAAAAGCUAUUCAUAUUGAAGAAAGUGAUGAAGACUAGAGAUAUGUCAAUCAUUUUGUUUAAAUUUAUGUCAAUUAUUAUG